AUGAAGAAGCUAAUAUUUUUAACCUUGCUAUUGCUAAAAGCAAAUCCAAUUCAAACCGAAUUUCAAGCCGAUGUUCGUUGGACUUGUUCAUCGGACUCAAUUUCCAUAUUUCUACGAACAACUAAACCAUUCGAAGGACUAAUCAAAACACAAAACGCAACAACAAAAAAUAUCGAAAAAUGUCAAACACUUGGAAUUGGCACAAAUGUGGCAGUCCUCAAACUUGACCUAAAUUCAGAUGAUUGUGGAAUACAGUAUGAUACAGAAACCAAUACAUAUUGGGUUAAUAUUGAUAUUCAUUCACAUCCUAUUUUAAUUGUGGAAGGAGAUAAAAGUUUGAAAAUUACUUGUAAUAUUGAUCCGAAUGUUAAUAUUUCAUCGAAUGUAAAUGAUGAGGAAGAAAAUCGAGAUUAUGAAAUGCGAUUGUUAUCAAAUCGAUUACCGGUUGAUGUUGUUAAGUAUUCACAACCUUAUACACUUCAGGUAAGCAAAGAAAAAUAACUGAACAUUUUUAAUAAGCACUUUUGAAACGUAUAAAUUCUGGAAAAAUUUCAGAUCCGCCCAUUAUCUUCCCAACUUCCAAAUUAUUUCAUUGGUCAAUGCAUCGCCCGAGGUGGAAAUCAAUCAGUUCAAUUAACUGACACAAUCGGAUGUGCACUUUUCAAAUCAAUAAUGUCAGAUUUUGCGAGAAGAGAUUAUGUAGAAGAAGCUGAAAUCCCAUCAAUGUUUAGAUUUCCAGCAGCAAUGAAACUUGAGAUAACUUGUGCGGUUAUAGAUUGUGAUGGAAAAAGUUGUGGAGAACGAAACUGUGCGUCGGAAUCAGUGAAAUUAUUGGAAAAAACAACAGCGAGUCUUGAAUCGGAAGACACUAGAAAAGUAACUCUUGUUGUUGAUAUUUACCAAGAUCACAUUGUAUCCUCAACAACUUCAAUGCCUUCUUCUGCUGAAGUUCGCACAACUACAACAACAGUUGUACCAUCUUUGAUUCUGGCGGAUGAUCCGGAAGAAGUUUUAAAAGACUCUCCAAUUCAUUCAACCCAGCAUUGUAUUUCACAAUAUGAUUUUAAAACAAUCUACGCGCUUUGUUUGUUUUUAGCAGGUAACUUGCAAGUUGUUAUUAGAAACAAAAAAAUGUUUUUCCAAAAAAAAAAACAAAUGUUUUUAGUUUGCUCAAUCGUUGGUUUCACAAUGAAUAUUGUUCUUUGUAUCAUGUUACGAAGAAAAUCGGCAAAAUUGAAUGAGAAGAAAAAAGUGCCAAGUGAAAUAAUUCCGAUUCCAAAAUCGACUGUCAAUCAUCCUGAUUUCUGGAUAAUGGAAAAUGCAAAACAACCUGAAAUGUAUGAAUCACCGUAUGCAUCUGUACGAAAUCCAACAUCCGAAUAUGGAUUGCAUUCAUCGGAAAGUGGAAGUAAUGAAAUAUACAGGUGAGUGAAAAUCUUGAACGCAGAAAUUUCAAAUAUAAUUUCUUUUUUUUUCAGAAGACCUCAUAUAAUACCUCCAGAAGUUCGACACAGUAAUUCAACAUUUAUGACACAUUCAACAACAAUGGAGACAGAUUUAGACAGUCAGACAUCAACUUCUUAUCAUUAA